AUUCAUAUUUAAAUUUAUAGGCAGGAAAGGCCAUUCACUUGUUGAUAUUCUAAUUUUCAGUCUUUAAGGUUUAGGUUCACUUUCUAAUUCGUUUUCAAAAUGCAAUCACUCCUCAACGCAGCUACAAAAUUUUUGGGGCGUUGUGGUAUAAUACAAAACCGUGUCAAUAUUCGACAAAUUGCUUGCUUAUCCGCUUUGUCAGAAACUCAUCAAAUGUUGCAGAAGACAUGUAGGGACUUUGCGGAUGCUGAAUUAGUGCCCAAAGCAGCAAAACAUGAUCGUGAACAUUUAUAUCCUGAAAGUCAAAUUUUAGAAAUGGGUAAACUUGGCUUAAUGGCUGUACCAAUUCCUGAAGAACUCGGUGGCACCGGCUUGGAUUAUCUGGCUUAUAGCAUUGCGAUGGAAGAAAUAUCAAGGGGAUGCGCUUCGUCUGGAGUAAUAAUGUCUGUGAAUAAUUCACUAUACUUAGGACCCAUUCUUGCAUAUGGAACCAAAGAGCAGAAAGAUAAAUGGCUCACACCUUAUACAGGUGGUGACAAGAUCGGCUGUUUUGCUUUGUCAGAACCUGGAAAUGGGUCUGAUGCAGGUGCUGCAUCUACAACGGCAAUAGAAAAAGAUGAUCGUUACAUAAUAAAUGGUACGAAAAUGUGGAUUACCAAUGGUUAUCAAGCUGGCGCUGCUAUAGUUUUUGCAACUACUGAUAAAUCUCUCAAACAUAAAGGUAUAUCAGCAUUUAUCGUACCUAAGGGUAUAAAAGGUUUUUCAGUCGGUAAAGGAGAAGAUAAACUGGGUAUUCGGGCCAGCUCUACUAAUCAAUUAAUAUUUGAAGACUGUGAAAUCCCCAAAGAAAAUAUUUUAGGAAAACCAGGCAAUGGUUUUAAGAUUGCUAUGCAAACAUUGGAUGCCGGACGUAUAGGUAUUGCUGGUCAAGCACUAGGCAUUGCUCAAGCUUCACUAGAGCUGGCUAUAGACUACGCACAAAACCGAAACUCCUUUGGUAAUCCAAUAUCUAAAUUACAAAUUAUUCAACAAAAAAUAGCUGAUAUGGCAUUAAGAAUAGAAUCUGCUCGUUUACUAACCUGGCGUGCAUCAUUUCUAAAGGAUAAUGGCAAAUCUUACACAAAAGAAGCAGCAAUGGCUAAAUUAGCAGCAUCAGAAGCUGCCACGUUCUGCGCUCAUCAAUGCAUUCAAAUCCUAGGCGGUAUGGGAUACGUUACUGAUAUGGCGGCUGAACGCUAUUAUCGUGACGCCCGUAUAACAGAGAUAUACGAAGGCACUUCCGAAAUUCAACGUCUUGUCAUAGCAGCACAAGUACUGAAAGAGCUUGCUGCUUAGAUCUCCAAAAUUUUUUAAAAUUUAGAAGGAAAUAUAUUAUUUUUUUUAUCUUCACAUUUUAAUUUAUAGUGCAUGCAUGCAUGCAUAAAAUAUAAUCAAAGUAAAAAUUUAAAAAACCUAAUAAUAAUAAAUUCAUAUAUGUAUAUGUAUAUUUGUAGAAAGAUAUAAAGUUAAAAUUUUAGUAUACAUUUGUAAAUUAAUUAAUAAAUAUAAAAAAUAUAA